AAAAAGAAGAAAACAACAAAAAUUCCCGGGUCGGUUACUGUGGACGCCACACAUGUCAGAUCACCAGGCGCCUCGACUCGGAAUCGCCGACUAACUCACCACAAACAGAGCCUUCGGAAGCAGAGCGGACGGACUCAGCCCAGCGCCUUUCUCAGUCCCCACUCUCACUCUCACUCCCUCGCUCGCUCGCUCUCCCAUGGCGGCGAUGAAUCUGAACCACCACCCCCCCACUACGCCAUCUUCUCCCGACCAAGACCCCUACCACCAGCAGCAGCAGCAGCAGCAGCAGCUCUCCCUGUUAGGGGACCCCCCCGCCGACUCUCCCGCCGGGGAGCCGGGAUCGGCGGCGGGGGCGAAAGGGCGGAGGGCGGGGCGGGGCAAGGUGCAGCUGAAGCGGAUCGAGGACAAGAACAGCCGGCAGGUGACGUUCUCGAAGCGCCGGAACGGGCUCAUCAAGAAGGGCCGGGAGCUCGCCGUCCUCUGCGACGUCGACGUCGGCCUCAUCAUCUUCUCCUCCCGCGGCCGCCUCUACGAAUACUCCAGCGGCGACAGCCUAAAGCCCAUCAUCGAGCACUAUAAGGUUCGUAUGGAUGAAGAGAAUGCCGUACGCAGGAGCAUCCAAGAAGUCCAGCCAAACCAGACUGGUUUCUCAGAAAGCUCUGAUUUCUCGAAAGGCUCUAAUCUACUCCACACCAUUCAAAGGCAGCUUGAAGAGGGUAAUAUAGAUAAGCUGUCAAUAGAAGAGCUCAUACAACUGGAGCAAUGGCUGGAUGAUGCGUUAAGAAAAACCAGAGCCAGGAAGACAGAGAUCAUGUUGGAAGCUGCAAAAUCUUUCCACAAACAGGAGAAGCAGCUGAGGGUCGAAAAUGAGGCCUUGCAGAUGAAGAUUGAUGCAGCAGCUCUGAACGAGAAAUGCCAAGAAGACCAAUGCCAUCCUACUGGAGCCAGCUUGGAGCUUCAGUUCAUUCCCGAAGCUGAUCAGAGGGAUAGCCGUGCAACUUCUCCGGAAAAACCCAUGCUCAUUUUCCUCUGAGGCCUUUCCGGGGAUUAAUGACCUACUGCAAAUGAUAACUUCCACAAAACAUGUAUGGAAGGCUGCAUAAUGAUAUCAGUUCAAAAUAAAGAGAGAUAAACGUAUAGUAGUGAACCUCAUACACUGGCGGAGCAGAGUCCUUAAAUGUAUUUUGGUAUUCGUGGUCACGGUCUAGUGUGUAUGUAUUCUAUGGAUCUUGGCUGAACAGUGAAGCUGAUAACUUGGUCUGGAAGAUCAAUUGGCCUCCUCGGCCAGUUCGUAAUAUGUCAAUGCUAUGCAGGACCUGAUCUGCAUCUGUGCCUA